CUCACAGGUUCCACUGAAAUCUCACCAGACACUUAGGGCUUGAAGCUUUGGAAAGGGCUUUCCCCAAGAUUUUCAUGUAGACAGUCUCACCGCAUUGAAGAAAGCAAAAAACUUCCCUUCUACUGACACAAGAACUUUCACAGAUUCCAUGGCAACGGAGGAUUUGGCUCCAAAACCCAUCAAAAGAUAUUGUCACCAUUAUCAACAUCUCCAACAGUAGAGGGAGAUGGAAGUUUCAGAGGAGAUCCAAAACCAGAACACAUGGCUUUCACGUUGAUGUUUCACAAGAUAUUGUAUGAUGAUGCCAUGUGGAAAGCAAAAGCCGGAAAUGAGAAAAAGAAAGAGGAAAUGGGAGGGAAUCCUCUCUCCUUUUUCAAAGUUUUCAGCAGAGAGAGCAUCAAUGGAGGAAAUUGGAAUUCCAUCGAGAAAUGUGCUGUAAGGUCCACAAUUCCAUUCAAAGCACGCACUUUUUGAGACUGCAACAAAAGAAUCAAAAGGAGAUUUGUUGGAUCCCUCCCUUGGAAGCAAAAACCCUAGCAGCUAUAUCUCUCUCUCACACACACAGUCUCCAUCGUCGUUUUCAAAUUCCAAAGUCUCUUCCUUUGAAUUUUCCCACAGAGAGAUCGAGAGAGAGAGAGGGAUAUCUCAGCAAUGGCAACGCUGCAGAGAUUCAAGGUCUUGGCCACGCAAUGCGGAGUGGAACAGAGCCCGACACGGAGCCCGAGGACGAGUCCACUGGUACAGCUCCGCCGCCGGAAGACGACGCUAAGGAUGCUUCUCAGCCUUAGAUCGCCGAGCCGCCGAGAGCCCCCGCCGCCGAUUCAUCAGCCCUCCACGGCGGCUGGUUUCUCCGGGAACUGCAGCAGGGUCAUCGCAGGGCGUACACUGAAAGACCUGUUUGUCUCUUCGCCUUCAAUGGGAGAAGAAGAUGAUGAUGAAUCGGAAGCCGAAAGCGAGAGACGGAAGGGGCUGACAAGAGAGGAAGUGCUUUCCGCCAUGGCAUCUAAGUUGAACGGGGCUUGUAUUGGCGCCAAUCUGGGAAGCCGACAGGAUUCCGCCAGAGCAGCAUGGUUCGGGUUUAGCAAAAGGCUCCUCCGAAAAGCUUGGAGACCUGUUCUUGUCACCAUUCCAGAGUAAAUGAAAACCCCAUUUCCCGUUUCAUAUCAAACUCGUCGAUAUUCACACUUACUGUCUUCUUCAUUACAGAAAUCUCAAGUCUUUGUGUACCUUGGGUUCGAUGUUAAAGAACCAAACUUUAUGUUUCAGUACCUGAAACUGAGAUAUCGUUUUCAAUAA